UCCCCCUCCCUCCCCCCCCUGAUGUCUGCAGAGUCCGAUCCCGCCGUUUGCACAGGACCUGGCGUCUGCCCGCAGGGGCACUGCCCCAGGACCAAGGGUCAGCCAGGCCACCGACUGAAGCCCUCUCCCCAUCACAAGGAGAACAAAACCAUUGUGAUGCCGAGCGGGUCCAUCCCUGUACACAUGUUGCUGCUUGUGUUGGGGACAUCCCCAGUGUCGGGCCAGUGGACUUGCCCAGAGUCACUGCGGGUGCUUGUUUUAAUCAGGAGCCAGUUUCCUGGCUCAGAGACCCCUAGUUCAGUGUGGGACCCCUGGUUCAGUGUGGGACCCCUGGUUCAGUGUGGGACCCCUGGUUCAGUGUGGGACCCCUGGUUCAGUGUGGGACCCCUGGUUCAGUGUGGGACCCCUAGUUCAGUGUGGGACCCCUGGUCUCUGGUACUGUGGGACCCCUGGUUCAGUGUGGGACCCCUGGUUCAGUGCGCGGGACCCCUGGUCUCUGGUACUGUGGGACCCCUGGUUCAGUGUGGGACCCCCAGUUCAGUGGGGGACCCCUGGUCUCUGGUGCUGCGGGCCAGCACUGCUUGCUGUCGGAGACCAGUCGUGGCUUUGUCUUUUAUGAAGCUGUGGACCGGGAGGAAUAAGUGGGCCACUCGGCCCCUCCAGCCUGUCCUCUCCAUUCAAGGAGAUCAUCAGCCCAGAUUCCCGGCGACACCGUGACCUCUUGCCCGCCGGAGUGCGUCUGGUCAGGGUGAGGAAAGGACAGGGCCCUCAGCGGGAAACAUAGCAGGUCAGGCAGCGUCCAUGGGGAGAGAGGCUGCCCAUGUCUUGGGUCCACAACCUGGGCAACACUGAACCUGACAGGUGACGCAUGCACUCGCCCCCCCCCCCCCCCCCCACUGAACUUUCAGCCACAUGGCCGUUUUGUUGACCUUCUAUGUACUUGCUUUUGUGUGAAGUAAAAAUCUGUUUGAUAAA